UAAUAUAUAUUAUAAUUAUAAUAUAUAUUAUGUGCAAAUAAAAUGUUAUCUAUAGUUGAAAAUUCGUUCUUUUGUGAAAUAUAUUAUCAUUUGUAUAAAUAUCUUAUUUAAGUCUUUUUAAAUUUUGAAAUAUCUUUUAUUUUCUUUUUUAUAUAUUAUUCAAAAAAUAAGAUUUAAUUAUACUUCAGUAUAUAUAUUAUUAAUUUAUUAUAAUAAUUAAUAAUUUGUAUUAAUUUGAAUGAAUUUUUAAAAAUGCAUAUAUAUUUUUAUAUAAUUUAAUUUUAUUUUAUAUUAUUAUAUUUUAUAAUAUUAAUAUAAAUGUAUAAUUAAAAUUAGAUAGUAUAUGUAAAAUAAAAUAUUUCUCUAAAUAAUUUUAUUUUUAUAAUUUAUUUUAAAUUUCAAAAAAAUUGAAAAAAAUUAAAACUUUUUUCAAUUAAUAUAAUUUAUAAAAUUAUUAAUAAAAUUAAUGAGAAAAGUAUAUUUAUAUAUUUUAUAUAUCAAAUAUAUUUGAUAUAUAUAUUUGAUAUAUAAAAUAUCUGUAACUAACUGAUGCCGAAUAUUAUAAUUAUAUUAUAAAUCGAUUGUUAAAUGUAUGAAAGCAAAUAAUAUUUAUCAAAUAAUAUUUAUGAAUAGCAUUUUAUAUAUAAUAGCAUUUAAUAUAUAAUAAAAAUGCAUUAUUUUAAAUACAAGAAAUUUGUAAUAACUUUUAAUAUUGUGAGAAAUAUGGCUACUCUUAAAAGAUUUUAUCGAAAAACAAAUAUAUUAUCAAGCAGUGGAAAGUAUGAAAUUACACUUGAUCAAAGAAAACUCAAAACGCCACAAGGAAAAAUAUUUCAAGUGGAUAGUAAACCUUUAGCUUUAGCUAUAGCAACUGAAUGGGAUAUGCAAAAACAAAUUAUUGAUAAAAGCAAUAUGCAUUUGACAGCACUUUGUAAUACUGUGAUAGAUAAUCCUCACAACUAUACAAAAGAAGAUAUGGUAAAUUAUAUUGUAAGUUCUUUAGAAAUGGAUACAUUAUUAUUUCAUUCAAAUGAAAAUGAUGAAUUACAUAAAUUACAAACUGAAAAUUGGGAUCCACUAGUACAAUGGUUUUGUGAUAAUUAUAGAGUAAAUAUGAUAAAAACUCAAAGUAUAGUAGCUCCUACUAUAUCUUCAAAAACUAAAUUAAUAUUGACAAGACAUUUAAUGUCUUAUAAUUAUAGUGCAGUUUAUGGUUUUAUGUAUGGAGUAGAUGCAAUUAAAUCUGUAAUUCUUACACUAGCUGCAGCAGAAAGAGUUAUUAGUAUAAAAGAAGCUGUAAAACAAUCACGUUUAGAGGAAAAUUAUCAAAUUUCUCAUUGGGGAUCUGUAGAAUGGUUUCAUGAUCAUAAUAAGUAUGAUUUACAAGCUCGUUUAGCUGCUGCUAUUUUAUUUGUGCAUUUGAAUUCUUAUUCUGUAUCGUAUCAACCAAAAGAAAAUAAUAAAAAUUAAUUGAAUGAA